AUGGUCUUAAGGAGACGCGGAAACAAUUUUGGUCUACUUUUACUCCUUGCUAACCUAUUUCAUGUAGGCUUAGAUCGUAUUCCACCGAUCACACUGGCUACAAUUGGUCUCAAUUCAAUCCUGUUUAUGAAUCUAUUACCUGAUUAUCGAUUACCUCAUUUAAGUGAAGUUUGCAUUAGUGUCAAGUCUGUUUGGUAUAUGAACGAAUGGCAAAGAUUAAUAUUAGGAGCCUUCUUUCAUGCUAGCGAUAUGCAUCUUUACUAUAAUAUGGUCUCAUUUCUAUGGAAAGGGAUACAUUUAGAGAAGAAAUAUGGAAGCUUACACUUUCUAUCUAUGAUUAUCAGCUUUACAGCAUUAACUAAUGUCACCUUAGUGGCAAUAAGCUACGCAAUAGGACAUCAUACUGACAAGCUACACUACUUUACCGAUUGUGCUGUUGGUUUUUCAGGAGUUAUAUUUGCUCUUAAAGUGGUGGCGACAUACGUUUCACCCCCUAGCACCAAUUAUAUAAUGAACUUGAUUCCUAUUAGCUCACGCUACGCCUGUUGGGCUGAAUUAGUUCUUAUCCAAGUCUUAGUACCAAACAGCUCUUUCCUAGGCCACUUAGCUGGUAUCUUAGUUGGAUUAGCAUAUGUAAAGACACCAAUUGGAUCUAUCCUGGAUUCUAUCUUCAGCAUUGUUACAGGUAGCAGAGGCUCUAGUAAUCGAAGACAUCAUCAAAGAUUUCAGUCGUCAGGAGUGACUGGUUAUAGAAUGCAAACUCCAAGCCAUGCAGAUAACGUCAAUAACGUCAGCGGUCCAUCCUAUCCAGGCAGUCGACGACCACAGUACGAACCUAUUAACGAUGACGAUGAUCCUGAAUUCCAACAGGCAAUACAAGCUAGCUUACAAGAAAGCCAUCAUAAUAGGCCGAUUGCUACUGCUCCUCCUCUUCUAGUUCAGAAUGAUAUCCAGCGUACUUAUCCACAGCCCAGUCAGAUGCCCAAUUCUAAUGAUGUUGAUAAAGUUAGAGAAGCAAGAUUAGCACGCUUUCAAAGAAGCCGAUAG